AUGUCUGCAAUUCAAUUCAUUUCUUUAAACUCAUCAAGUUGCCAUCCACUCCUCCUCAAUCUAUCCAUCUCAAAUCCAUUCCUAUUCAGAGAACCACUCACUGAAUCAUCGCUUCAAUAUGGCCUGUGUCCAGAAACUUAUAUUGCAUUUAGUUUGGCCACAGUUGUCCUCCUGCUCUAUAUUGCAACCAUGAUCAUUGCCAUGAUUGGAUUAGUUUGGCAGAGGAAGAAAACUCACAUUCAAGCCAGGAGUUUACCUCUGAUUAUUGCCAAUAUGGUGGCUAAUUUGACACUAGUUCUAUUGGUGACAUUGAGAGUGAUUGUGAGUAAGAAAUUGUAUCCGUGUUUCUUACUUUCAUUGACAUUCAUGUUGUAUCCACCAUUGUUGACCUUGCCAUCGAUAUUGAGAGGUCUUCGUUUGUAUUCGCUUUUUAAGCUCAAUUUGAAAAAGAAGAGAAUAUUUGGUUCGAAACAUGAUGAAAGUCUUGAAAUGCAACAAUUGAAUGAAUCAAGGAGAUCAAUAGUGGACGAAAGCUCAACCUCAUUGGAAAGCAUGUCAUCCCAACAAACAAAUACCAGUUGUAUUCUUUCCAUAUCAGAACCACAAUCACUACCUGCAAACACAUUCGAUCAAAUAUCGAAUAGAAACCAAACUAUUCAAUGCUCUUCCGAUGAAGCUCAAAAACCAUCCAAUCAAAUUUCAACUCGAGAUAGAGUCCUUAUGAGGAUGUUUGAAUUUCUAUCUAGUUACAAAUUCUUCAUUACUGUAUAUUUAGUUUCGUUUCUAAUACAUCUGGGAUUAUGGGCAAUUGUUGGUGGAAUUGAGAUUGGGGUUUACAAGUCAAGUGGUUCUUGGGUUUUUGUGGAAAGUGGAUUCUUUGAAGCAUCACAUGGUUGCAACAUUACUCCAAAGAUUCUAAUUGUUUUGGGAAUUCAAGCAGCUUUCUACAUUGCAUUAGUUGUCAUUGUUAAUAUUUUGUGUUUAGUUUCAGAUAGAGACACCUUCAACAUCAAAUUGGAAGAAUUAACUCUCACUGCAGUGUUUGCUGUCAUUAUUAUCCUAUACACAAUUUUUGGGUCAAUUCCUGUAAUCACAACUCUGGUUGAUUAUUUUGUGCCAUAUGUUUUGAUAUUUGUUGUUUACACAUGGUUGGAAACAGUUAUUGGUGUCAUUCUACCAGUUUAUUAUUCAAUUAGAGAUUCGUCAAUUUCUACUCCCAAUCAAAACAAUUCCACAUCUGAAAAAGACCAUUCGCUCAAUAACACCAUAACCUCCCUCCUACAUGAUAAGAAAGCAUUCGAAAUCAUUUCAGAUUUUGCUAGACGAAGCUAUUGUUUGGAAGAUGUUUUAGCGUGGAAAGAAAUUCAAAAUUUCAAAAAGAUGAAAAAACGAAGAAUUGCAGCUUUUGAAUUUUUGAAAACUUUUCUAGUUUCUGGUUCACCACUCGAGUUGAAUAUUCCAAACGGAUAUAAAACUCUAAAUAGUCUUCAGGAGAGUUUAGAUUCGAAUAUGGAAGAACCACCUGCCAAUUUAUUUGCUGAUAUUGAGUUUAAUUGUUUGUUUAACAUGGUUGACUUGUUACAACGUCUCAAAGUUAGGAAUGAUUACAUUGCCAACAAACUUUCUAAUAUCACUCAAUAG